AUGGCUUUCGCUGGCGCAUCUCUCGUCGCCGAUGGCAUGUUGUGCGCCUCCACCAAGUCGGCCGUCGACUCUGGCGCCGACAGCGGGUACCACCUGCUCAUCGUUGAAGGCUACUCGCGCACCAAAGAGACGACUCCCAACGGCGAGUGGAUCGAGUCUCGUCCAUUCAUUGUUGGCGGCCGUCGCUGGACCAUCGACUACAGCCCUAAUGGCGAUAACUCGGAAGAUGAAGAAUUUAUAUCGGUUUUCCUUGUCCUUGACGACGAUAUCAAUCACAGCGUGAAGGUUCAGUAUGUCUUCAGUUUCAUCGACCAGCCUGAGUUGCGGGUGUCAAAGCACAUCCGCCAAAGCGAACCUGUCUUCUUCUCUGAACGCCAUGAUGUUCAUGGCCAUCAUGGUCGGUUUAGAUUCAUGAAAAGGGAGGUUUUUGAAAGAUCAAAGCAUCUCAAGCACGACCGCUUCGUCCUCCGGUGUGACCUUGUUGUGCUCAAGUCGGAUGGGAAUACCAAGGAGCAGGGCGUCGGCACCAGCGCUCUUCCGUUCAAUGAACUGUCACCACCGUCCGACUUGCAGAGCCAUUUUGCCGAUCUCCUCCUGAGCAAGGAGGGUGCUGACAUUACGUUUGAGGUUGGCGGCGAGAAGUUCGUUGCGCACCGGUGCGUGCUUGCAGCCAGAUCCUCCAUCUUCAAGGCACAGCUCUAUGGUGCCAUGAAUGAAUCGAGUGUCGUCAAGAUAACCGACAUGAAAGCAGAAGUCUUCGGGAGCUUGCUGACUUUCAUCUACACUGAUGCAGUGCCUGAAUUUGUUGACAUGGAAGCAUACGAUGGCCAUGAAAUUAUAUAUGCACCUCGGCUGCUGCAGUUCCUUGAAGCUGCGGAAAGAUAUGAUCUCCAGAGGCUCAAAUCGAUCUGUGAAGAGAAGUUAGCCAGUUUCAUAUGCGCAGAAACUGUGGCAGACAUCUUUGCCGUGGCUGAGCGGAGACGGUGCUUCGGGUUAAAGGAGGCCUGCUUGGAGUUCAUCAAAGCCGACCCAAGUUUACACGCAACUUUCGCGGCUGGUGGCCUGGGGCAGAUAACCGGGACCCGUAGUCCCUCCCUUCUCAAGCGGCUGCUCUCCAAGUUUGGUUUGCUGAAACUCUGA